CGCUCGGAGCUGGGCUUCUCUGCCGGGACCGGGACCAGAACCAGAACCGGGAUCGGAUCGGUACCGGGAUCGGGACCGGCAUCUGCAUCGGGAUCAGAACCAGGACAGCGGAGCCGGGAGCGCGCCUCCGAGCGGCGGGGCGGGCUGCGGCGCUCCGGGCUGUGCGCCGCCGGCCGGGGCACGGCUCUGCACCGGGACGGCGCGGCUCCGCUCCGCGCACCCUGCGCGUCUCUCCGCACCGCAGCGCGGCCCCGCUCCGCGCGAUGCUGCCCGGGCGCUCCCCGCACCGCUGCGCCUGAGGCGGGCGCGGGGUGGUCAUGCAGUCCUCGCUGCCUUAGCUGAGCGCGGCGCUCGGCCCGGAGCCCGCGGCCAUUCCCCGGCGGCACUCGCGGCACCGGCACCAUGAGGAACGGCGAUGACCUGGAAGGCUUCGACGGCGAGGCGUCCAGCGCCUCCAUGAUCUCGGCGGCCAGCAGCCCCUACCAGCCCACCACGGAGCCCGUCAGCCAGCGCCGCGGGCUGGGCGGCCUGCGCUGCGACCUGGACUACCUGCGGGGCACCUUGGGCAGGCUGAAGCUGGCCGAGGUGCUUUUGGCGCUGACGGCGUUCAUCUGCAUAGAGACCAUCAUGGAAUGCUCCCCGUGCGAGGGCCUUUAUUUCUUUGAGUUCGUGAGCUGCAGUGCCCUGGUGGUCACCGGAGCUCUCCUGCUUUUGUUCAGUCUCAACCUUCACACAAGAAUACCCCAGAUCAACUGGAAUCUCACUGAUCUGGUCAACACUGGACUCAGCACUUUCUUCUUUUUCAUUGCCUCUGUAGUACUGGCUGCUUUAAACCAUAAAACUGGAGCAGAAAUUGCUGCUGUGGUGUUUGGUUUCGUGGCCGCGGCCGUGUACGCUGUGAACACGUUCGUGGCGGUUCAGAAGUGGCGGCUGAGCAGCAGGCAGCAGAGCAGCCGGCAGAGCAGCGACUACAUCCGCGCUCGCACCGAGUCCCGCGAGGUGGUGCACCGGCCCGAGGCCCAGCGCCUGGACGCCUGAGAGCCGCCCUCGUGGCACUGAAACGGAAACAGCGCUCGGCUCCCUCAUGGAAUAAGGGUUUUGCUUCAUUUGAGGAGGAAAAGGUGGAUCUGAGGGUGGCGAGGAUGCCCAGCCCUGCACGUGUGCAGAGAUGUGUUGAGCCAGAAGCUGCUGUCACGGAGGCAGAAAAUGGUGGUGGUUCAAAAGGAAGAUCCCCUCAAGGCCUCCACAUAGACAUGGCCAUAUAUUAUAUAGCUCACAGAAUAUAUAAUAUAUGUCUGUUCUGAAGUAUGUCAUUGCUCUGGAUUAACUGCGCAGCUGUUCCCUUCCCUCUCUGCAGACCCGCUGUUCCUCCAGCGGCCCCGGGGACAGAGCAGCCCUGCCUGGCUGGGCGAGGCAGGAGGGACACCCACGGGAGCACAUGGAGCGCCCGGACGUGCCAAGGAGCCAGGGGCACUCAGCAAUAACUCAGCCAGAGGGGCCUGUCCGUCCCAAACUGUGUCUGUCUGUCCUCCUGCCCUGAGCCUGUGCACUCAGCCUGCUGGAGCUCCGUGCCGCAGCUCUCAGGGUGCGGGAAGCGCGCGGCCGCUCGGGGCUGGCUGGGCCGGCGUGCGCCGGGAUGCGCUCGGCCCCGAGCAGCUGCUUGUCUGCUCUGCUGGUACAUGCCAGUUUUCAGUCCAAAGUGGGAAAAUAAACGUGUUUAGGAGAUGGGGUGGAGAAAAGGAGCUUAAGGGGCACAGUAGAGAAUUAAGGGGUUGUCAUCCUACAGACUUACAUUCCAGACAUGGCUUUCUUUUUCUUUUUUUUCUUUUUUUUUCCUUUUUUCUUUUUUUUUUUUUUUUUAAGUUUCAGCAUUUCUAGAAGUUUUUGCUAGAACUUGCUUUCCCUCUAAGCCCAGGGUAAGCAAGAACUAGCAAAAAUUUAUGUGCUUUUAAAGUGUUCCUAAGGUUGCACUGUUGUGAUUCAUGUAAGGUAAAUAUUUCUUUUUGAAAGGAUGGUUGUUCUAAAAUUAAACCUUAAUUGGUAGUAGAUAAACCUGAUUUUUAUUUUAACUGGGUGUUUCUGCAGAUUUAUUCCCCUUAGGAUUCUUUGAAAAAUGAAUUUAGCUAAUUGGAAAAUAAUAUGAUUGUAUUGAUUUGUUUAGAUAGUUUUACUUAGCUGAAGUUACUUUUUUAAAUUUUCCUUGUACUUCCAGUGAAUGAAUUACAUUUUCUCUACUCAGAACUCAAAUUCAGCAGUAAUUGGCUAGAUAAUGUCACAGUGUUAUUAGGAAUAUGUCUCUUGAUAUUUUCCUGUUUCUUUGGUGUUUUUAUCUCUGUGGUGCAUUAUUUGGCAUUUGUGUGCCUGUGUGAAGACAGUGUGUGUGGGAGGAGAUCUCUAGAACUGCACUCCUUUGUGGUGUGAGGAAAAUGAAAAUCCUUGCAAUUAGUGGAAGUGUUUGCCAUGUGUGCCUGAGUUAGUGUGUCCUGCUGGAGCUGCACUGCUCAGGGGGAGUGCAGCACUGGAGCCCCAAGAGCAAGGGGCAGCGUGUUGUGGGUGAGGUGUUGAACAUGAAAACCCAAGUUACACCAAACAGGAGAUCAGGAGACGUGCCCGGGCUUUUAUAGUACUGGAGGGAGCUGGGAUAGUGAAAGUGUGAACCUAAUGCUGCAAUAUUCAAACUGAGCAGCAGAGAAUUAUUUUGAUGAGUGAAAAAAGGGUGACGAAGGUGAUGCCUUUCCAUUUUCAAUGUAUUGACAUCUAUAGUGCAUUUCACCUCAGUGGCUAAGAAUGAGAUUAAAAUUCAGAGUUACUGAUGAGGUUAAGGAAAAUUUGCAUUUUCUUAGUGAUUGAUGGUCUACCAGUUCCUACAGUAACAUUUUAUUGUGCUUUAUUGGAUGUUAUGCCAAAGGGAACACCAGUUUAAAAGAAGAUUGAACCAAUUCUUGGUGCUGGGUGAGAACAGGCAUUCCACUGAGGGUUGUCUCACCUGGGUGCAUUCCCUGAGCAGUACGUGGCACUUCCAUGGCCAGUGUGGUAAGAAAUAACAAUUUAUUAUUGCCAGAACUGCUGUGACAGCCCUGCUGUUUGCCAGCACUGCCCAAGGCUGGCAGAGUUUGCAAUGUCAAUUAUUAAAAGACUUUUUAAAAGUAGCGCAAGCAUACCCAGUCAGGAAUUGUAAACUGCCAUCAGAGCAGUUUGGAUAAAUAUUGUAAAAACCCCCAAGCAAACCCAAACCAGACAAAACAAAAAAAGCCCAAAAAAACCCCAACCAUCCCACACCAAAAUCAAGCCAAACCCACCUACUGAAAUACAGAAUACAGUUCUUCAGAGGAUCCAUGCUUUUAGAGUUGCCAUCUGAAAUCAGGGAGCAGGGUGGUGUCACAAGGGGCGUUUGUCAGGAGUGUGUCCUGUCACUGCCAGGGCUGAAGGAGCAUUCCCAGAUCCUCUGCUGUGCUCCCUGAGCUCACUGUGGUCGGGGCAGAGCUCUGGGAGCUCCCGUGCCUCUCUAGGUUUGUGCAUUUGGUACCUUUCAAUCCCUGCACCUUUCCUGGCCAGAAGAAGGGCAGCUCAGGGUUUUCUGUGCAGUGAGGUCCCAGCCCUGUCGAGCUGCAGUGCCCGGAGCAGAGUGGGGCAGUCACACCUCCAGUGGGGCCCUGGGGCUGCUGCAGGAGGGGUGAGCUUCCUGCAGCUGGGAAUGCCAGGAUUCAUUACUCACACCAUGCCCUGAGCCUGGCACAGCUCUCGGGGUGGAAUCCAAAAGAAAACAGUAAUUCUAAAAACACUAAUUUAAAAAACACUAUCUGAUUCAGUUCGUGAAACAAAAGCAAAUGUAAAUGUGUAAUUUCCUUAUUUUGGGGACCAAAGAUGAUUUGAAUAUUGUAUAGUACAUAGUUUCUAAAAAAUCUUAAGCACUUAUUGCUCUGCAGAGACAUUAUUUACUAUUUGGAUUAUAUAGAAGGGAAAUAAAAUAGCUGUGAGAGACAACUACAUUUGAAAUACUAAGAUCAUUUGAUGUAUCCAUGGCUCAUUCCCCCUGAGUUAAUUUUACACAGCGUAUUGGAGAGGUAUUUUUUUAAAGACUGUUGUCUAAACUGCAGUCAGACAAAAAAACUGUUGAGGAAGAAAAGAGGGUAGACAGUUUUUUGGGUUUUUUUAAAUUGCUUAGACAGGUGACAUUAAAUUGCCUGUCUCAGCCAGUUAGUCUUGUUUGUAAUUGCUAGCACAAAGGGAUAAUUUCUUUUAGUCCUUAAGGGUGCUUUUAGCUCCAUAACUCAAACCCCACUGUAAAUAGAACUAAAUGAAAGCAAACAGCUGAGCUUGGUAGGAGCAGGAUGCUUGAAACAGUGAGGGUUUGGAUGAGUCCCCUUUGGUCCAAGAGAGCCCUCAGAGCUGGAGUCUGUGUAUUUGUGGGUGCAGAAUGCCUGAACUCUGCAGCCUGUGCACAGACAUCACAGUGUUACGCAGUAAGCUCUGCUGGAGCAGCAGCAGAGCUGGAGGAGCCUCCCUGCCUCUCCUGCUCAGUUUGUCAGCCUCAGCUGAGGUUGGAGCCACGUCCUUGAGCUGUGCAAACGGCCCCAGCAGGAGCUCCUGAAGCCACAGAGGAACUCACUCAUGUCUGAGUAAAGCCAAUUCCUUCUUCCUCCACCAUUUCCUUUUAUUUGGAAUAUUCGUGCCUCAUGGAUCAAAUGCUUUAAUAUUAAAUUCUUGCUAAGCCUUGUUUGUUGGUCUGUGCAGUGCCAGGAAAUCAGAAUGUGUCCAACAUCCCUUGAUUUCAGCUGUGGUGCUCUUCCCUUUCCUGAUGGCUUAGGAGGUUGGCUGGGUGUUCUUUCCCGUGGGACUGUGGAAAGCUGGUGCUGCUGUGAGAUUCCUGGUGGGAGCUUGGGAGGGGCAGAGAGCGAUCUCCCUGUGCCUUCUGAGACAGGCACUGCAGUCUGUGCUGCUCACUGGGUUCAGAGCACAGCAUCAGCAAAAUCUGUGCCUUGGCAGCAGCUCCUCAUCUUCAGUUAUAAGGUGUCUUUUACAUGGGAUUUCAGUAAAGGAGCAGCAGGUGCUGCUCUUUCCCUGGCUUUGUCCCCUGUUGUGACAAACACUUCCCAGUGUUUGUUCAUCGCUCUGGGCUCACGGCGCGCUCUGGCAUUGUUUCAGCUCUCUGUCUUUCAUUGCUGCUUCCAGAAAGAGGAGGGAGAGGUUCCCACUCCUCCCUGAGGAGGAAUUUGUGUUCCCUGUGUGAGUUACUGUGUCCUGGUGCUGGCUGUCCCUCCCAGCAGGCAGAGCCGUGGUUCAUGCAGAGCUGUGCACGCAGCAGAGAGGAUCUGCUGCAGGGGCACUGGGCUGUGCUGGGUGGGUUAACCACCAGCUUUUCAUGAGCUUUAAGGUCCCUACAUGAAUCUGGUCACCUCUCUGCUGUUUUGGGGGUGUGCAGGCACGGCAAAUGCUUAGCUAAUCUGUGGCUUUAUUAAUGCAAUCCUUUCUUCCUCCCUCUUCCUUAGGCCUCUUUCUGCAUCUGUUAUUUUCUUGUCUCAAGUCUCAUGUCAUGUUGUAAUAAUUUCUCCUUGUUUUCUUUCCUGGGGGGAAAAACUCACAAAAAAUCUAAAAUAAGCAAGAAUAAUGGUUUGAGGGCAUAAUUAAAAAAUGAAAACAAACUUAAUAGCAGUUCAGGUAGUGUAGGAAGUGGUAUUGUCUCUCCUAUGAUCAGCUUUGUCCAUGGAAGAGCAUGAAGAACAGAACUGCCCUGAAAGCUCUGGAGCCAAAACUCUUCAGUAGGCAUUCAGGAUAAUAAAAAGGCACAGUCUGAUAAUUGGAGAUAUGCAUUCAGGAUAAUAAAAAGGCACAGUCUGAUAACUGGAGAUAUGCAUUCAGGAUAAUAAAAAGGCACAGUCUGAUAAUUGGAGAUGUGAGAAGGACACUUGACAAUCCAGAGCUUUCAAAGUGAGAUGUGAAUAGUAAGAACCCACAGUGGCCACAGCAGUCAUGGGGAUCUCAGGGGGCUGGGAAAGGGCUGGGAUUGUCCAGGCUCAGCUCCCAGAGUCCAGAGGGGGAUCCAGGCUGGUCCCUGCUCAGUCCCACAGGGAGGAGGAAAGCCAAGGUCUGUCACUGCUGAAAAUCAGGCACUUGACUUGUGUUUGCAGCAUGAAAUAAUGGAUUGUUCGUUGUCUGGAGGGCCAGCAAAACUCGGAAUUACUGUGCAGGUACAGGUGUCCUGUGUGUGAGUUUUAAUGGCAACAAAAGCAUUUUAAAAUUAUCCUGAAAUCAGUACAAAAAUGCACAGAAUGUUUGAAAAUACUUUAUAGAAAUUAUGCCGUGUUCCUCUCUUUAUUUUGACAGAGGGAGUUGGUUAAAAUGAAUUUAUACAAAUACUCAGGAAAUCUCUGAAUGACAUUGUGUAGAGGGAUUUCCUGGUAUAUUAUUUUCCCUGUCAGCCACUUGGCCACCUUCUUAGAUCUGCUUGAGUGGUGCUGUCCAACCUGAAAGGGUUCCCUUGUUUUGGUCUUUUUUUGGUUGGGUUUUUUGUUUUUUGGGUUUUUUUUUGGUUGUAUUUUAAAAAUCUGUGUAUAAUUUAAUCAUUUGUAUACUAAAAUAAUCUUUUUUUUAAAAAUCUGCUUACACUGUGAUUUCUGGUAGCCUUUAAUUUAGAGUAUACAACACAAUAUAAUUUUCUAAUUUUCUUUCAGGAUAUGCAGCUUUCAGAAGUGUUCUUAUAUAUGCCCAGAAAUGAAAGUUGUCUAUUUAUCAUAGGAAUGUGAUUAGAUAAAGUAACCUAUCCAGAAUCCCAGUGCAGCUCUUUCAUAUGUGCUGGAUGGACUAGUUAGUGAAAUUGCCUUUUAAUCUCUAUGGGUUAAUAAAUAUAUUUUUAUGACUAGCCACAGAUAUUCCUUUUUAAAUUAUACUUGGCAAACAGAAGAUAUUUAAUUUUAUAUACAAUAUACAUAGUUACCUUGAUUGACAUAUUUAUAACAUAGAGAUUUGUGUUUACUAUGAAGGUUUUAUCUGUAUCCCGUGGACUUCAUGGGUAAAACUUUUAAAAGUCAGUUAGCAUUUAUGGAAGGAUAUGGGAACUUUCUUCAUGGCUUCACAGUGAGGACAUAGGAGCAUUUAAAAGGCAUAGCCAGAUUGUUUUACAAGUAUCUGGGGGGGGUUCUUAUUUUUUGAUUGGGGCUGGUCCCUGCAGCUAUUUUAAUAACAUCUGGAUGUGAGUAAUGGAAUGGAAUAUGAGCAUCUGCCUCUUCUGACUGUCACAGGCUAUUGUCUAGAGCACAGGAAAUUUCAGGGUAUUGUAUUGUUUUGCCUCGGACAAAUGUCUCAAUAGACCUAUUUAAUUAAAACCUUCAUGUGUCUGAAAGAAAACAUCCUCUCUUAACUAGGUUGAUUUAUCUCUUUUGGUACCCUUUUAAUCCCAAAAGUAGAGUUGUCUAAUUAUCUUUAGUGAUGUUCCAGCUAUCCUGAUGUCUGCAGGUUAAAGUGGUCCUGGCUAGCACCCUUUUAUUACAACAAUUGCUACCUUCAUUUUUCUACUGUUUCUAUUUUAAUCUUGAAUGUUUACCAGAUUCUAUUGUUGGAUCUUGUGGAGGGAGAGCGUCUUAGCACUACAGCUCAUCCAGCUUUAACUCAUAAUACAUCACAGUCCUGGAGUAAGAAAAUAUUUUGAAUUAUAUAUUGUGUCCAAUUUAUUGCAUUUUAAAAUGACUUCUGUACUUAAGACACAACAUUUAUGACAUAAUAGGACAAAUGACUUAGCUAAUCAUUGUAUCUGUCUAGACUUACUCUCUUUUGUGUUAGUGUCGUUUUGAAACUAUUUGUAUAUGUUGAAGUUUGUAAGGGUUCAGGAACCCACAAUAAAAUAGUAAAGUAUGUAUUUAUUUCUCAUUAUAAUGCUCAAAUUUGAUUUGGAAGUUGACACUUUGUAUGUCUUUUCACAGAAUUGUAAACAAAUACCGAAAAACUGCUUCACCUAGGGUGCCUUCCUUGUGUGGUACUAACACUUGUCAUUCACAGGAACAGAGAUGUAAAUUUAUGAAUCCAGUAAACACUAUUUUUGUAAUGUGAGUCACUAACGCAGCUCUGGCCUCGUUGUGCUUUGUUCCCACCAACUCCAGGUUUCUGGCUGCUGUGGUCACUGCCUUCCCUCCCUGUGUGCACUGGAUCUGACCCCUGGGGAAUCACAGGUUGUGUCUCCUUUGCUCAGCUGCCCCUCGAGCACAUUCCUGGUGCUCCAGGUUCCCUUCCUUGGGCCUUGUGGAAGGAUGCUCACUGUGGGGUGUCUGUAUCCUCAGGGCUGACCAGCUCUGCAGCCCAAUCCAAACAUUCCAGUUCUAGAUCAUAAUUUAUGAUUUCCAGCUUCUGAGGAGGGAGCAUCCAGCCUGACCAAAAGACUUUAUCUCUCUGGCUUAGAGGUGCUGUAUUGACAGGUUUGUAAUUGCAAACAGCUCAGAGGUAUUAUGGAAACACCGGGUUAGAAUUCUAUUUAGGCUGAGCAAAGGGAAUGCAAUUUUCCUUUUAUCAUGAGCACAAGUCUGCUGUGCAAUACCCUUGGUACUUUGCUUUUGGAGCCUGCAGUGUUCUGCCCUGGAGAGCCCUCGGUGCAUCUCCGUGUGGUGCGAGGGCAGCCCCCGGCUGCUGUCCUGCCCUGGGCAGUGCCCCCUCACCCGGGGGCCAGGCCAGAGCUGCCCUGAGCACCAGCUCCUGCUGCAGGACUGUGGGGUUUCGGCAGGCAGCACAUUCCCCUGGAGACAGCUCACAGCCCUGGAGGAUUUCCCGUUGUUCUGCAGAGCCCGGAGAUGCAGCGGCUGCUCCAAGGUGGAGCUCCAGGAGCGCCUCCCUGCCGUGCCCACAGCUGGAACUCACUGCUGGCAGAGCAGCAGCUGCCGGCUCUGCGUGGGAAAGGUAUCCUGGGAAUGCUUGACCAAGCUCAAAGACAAGGUACUCUACAAGAAAAUACAACCUCCUUGUGUAGCUUGUUUCUACACCAGUAACCAUCUUUCAGUUGUUGAGUUCUUUCUUUGGUGUCUGUGCUAAUAAAAAAACACAAGCUGAAGAGUUGUAAAGUCUUGCAAUACACAAAGCAGUCUUGGUUUUAAAAUCCAUGCUAUUGCAGCAUAAUUUAAACGGUGUAUUUAUCAGUUUUAAAUGUCAUUUUGCUUUUCCAGUCUUUUGUAUAUGGGCACAAUACUUUUUGUAAAUUUUUUUUAAUUUAGUUGUCUUUCUGUCUUUUCUUUCUGGUAUUGGAAGAUUGGAGCUCUCUGGGUUCUCACGGUACUCUUGUGAUCAUUCUUCAUAGUGGUAAAAGUCUGUAUUUUUGUAUGUAGGAGAAAUGGAAGUUUUCUAACACUUAUCCAAAUCAAUAUAGUACGGAAUCAUUUGUGAAGGACUUCCUGUUUAAUAAAUGGACAUAUUAAAGUACUAAAA